AUGAUCGAGUUGGUGGCGUAUCCGCAGCUCCCCCCCGAUGGCAAAGGGUCCUACACGGCAAUCGAUUGCUCCACCAGACAGAUACCUAGGCUGAAUCCCUUUACUGAAAAGCCUCAAUUACACUGUGCUUAUAGUCGUCGUGCUGACACUGUACCGGGAGAAACGAAACAUGCUUGUGGGAGAUCGAAGGACUUUCCAGAUCCGAAUGCCAUGCCUGUCGAGCCUUGGCAGCCAGCCCCUCCUGCGGGAGGCCGAAACGCUGAUAGUAAAGAGUUUGCUCGAAGCCCUGCGUCUGACGAUCUCCUCGGUCCGCCUGAAACCUCAGCUGCCGUCGGUUUUCCAGCUAUCGAGAGUAGAAUUGUAGAUGUUGCUUCAGAUAUUCCACAUGGUCCUGGAUCCCCUGUCCCACCCCGUAGAGUUGGGCUGACUGUGGUACUUUUGAUUUUCGUGGUGUUUGUGUUGCUCGUUAGAAUGCUUGCGCUUACAUCAUCAGAAGCAAAGAAGGCAGAGACUGUCGAAACACCCUUCGAAACCACGCUUGCGGGGCCUCAGGUAUCAUCAUCUAUUUAUCAGGCGGCAAUGAAAGAGAAGCUGGAGGCACUGCGGGAGAUGCUGCCUGCCGCACAGCACCUUGCUGAUGUAGUAGGGACCCCUGCAGCGUGAAACGUGCUGUGAACCUUCAGGAAAAGCACACAGGUGCCUCAUGAAGGUGAAGCGCCCGCCACAAAAGGUGCAGAAGCAGUCCGUAACCUCAAUCUGCAGGCUUCCUUGGGCUCCUUACACUUGUUGCACAAAGAGGGAGUCAAGGCGGCAAAUGCGCUAUUCAGGCACGCCGUGGAGUCCGAUCUUGACAUACUGAGAGCCUUUGCUGAAAUUUCGCGGAGACAGCUGGACGCACAGACCCCUUCAGGCGCAGCUGUCGAUGCAAUCAGGGAGGAGACAUUGAGAACCAGUGAAAGCGAAGACUUUUUGUUUGAGGCGGCUACUAUAGAUAUCACACUAAACGAAGCCAAACAGCGCCUUGCUUUAGGCCGCCAAGAGUUCAUCAGCAACGAUGUAGCGAGCCGUAUGUCUCGAGACACAGUGGAGGAGUUAAAAAAGGCUGAAGCUGCCGUAGCAAGCAUUGACAAGUGUUCUGAGCUUAUCGAAAGCUCUGCGCAUCUCGAUGACGCCAGGAAUCACAUGUCAUCGGCACAGAUGAUCCCGGAAAAGGCUUGCCAGGCGGAGGCGGCCAUGGAAGUUUCAGCAAGCGAAUGGCAAACGAAGGCUGCAUACAGACGGCUUCACAAAGUUGGUGGAGAACAUUUUUUAGCGCUUGAACAGCUGUUCGAGGAAUCGCUUAAACGGCUGCAGGGAGCUGAGACACUGCUGGAUACUGCAUUAGAAGCAGCUAAUAUGCAAGAAUUAGUAGGCAACACUGAGGAAGAGUGGAGCUGUUCGCAGCGCAGAGGAGGGCACUACUAUGACACAUUUGCAUGGCUCUCACUUUUAUCCCUGCGUGUCACGAUUACGAGCUGCGCUAGGUCUUGCAUAGGAGGACUUGUUUGGAGAGGCUCGAGGGAGGUGAUGGAAAUUUUAGAAACAGAUGAUGCAUCAACAAUACUUGAUGCAGGAUCGUCUGGAUUCUCAGCGAAAAGACAGCUAAAAUCCUGA